AUGAAUUCUUGUACGCGUGGGCCGGCCCUCAGCCUGUCUUUUCUGCAUAGACAGUCAACGGAUUUCAGUCACCCCGCACGUUUGUCUUGGCCAAUCUCAGAAGUGGCGGUUAAUGAAGCCGCGGGCCUCUGACGUCUUGCUAUGAGGUGCAACAUUAAGCGACUGUUCACCCUGGCGUUCGUCGUCUUUGCCGCCACUCUCGUCAUCCUCUCUUUGCCCAAAGAGAACUUUGGAAGUUCGUUAAUUUUUAUCGAGUUUUUAAUUGAAAGCUGAGUGUGGAGGCUAAUACUUCAACUGAAUACGGUGCUUUGGUUCCCGAAAAAGAUUAUUGUAAACUAGAAAGGUUUUUUUUAUCACGACUAGAACAGCUUGAUAAUUGGAAUGUCUACAACUUUUAUAAACUGUUGACGGUUGAAAAUUAUUCUCAAACGUUUGUACUCAUUUUGUAGCGGCGACCAACUUCAAAAGGCUUUUUCUUUAGGCUAUAGUAUGUUUUCGAGAGUUGGGGACGCCUGAGAUCAAAUCAAAAACUUUCUUCAAUUUUUCAAUUUUUAACUAGAUUUUCGCGUUUCAGGUUUGAUAUUCAAAAGUUAAGUCAGAGAGUAUAUAUAUCAAACAACUGCAUAAAAUUAAUAAUUUUUCCGGUUUUCAGGAGAAUGGGAGCAGGCGCCACAGUCACAAGAAGCUCGGCUAGUAGUGCCGCACAAAGACGAGCGAGAACAGAGGGCCAAAAGCGGCGGCGUCGGGGUCCAAAAAUCCUUACCUCACCAGCCGAAACCGCCUAGUUUAGAAAAUCCUCCAGAAAUCGAUCCUUUUGGUUAGUAUAUUUCAAUUGUGUUUUUCGGAAUUUUCAAAUUUCCAAAUGGCCAAUAACUUUUCGAAUUUUUUCACCUCUCAGGUUAGUAAAAUCUCAAGAAUAUUUCGAAAGAAAAAAAUUUCACUGCAGUGAUUCAAACCGGUUCUCAGGAGGCUCAGAUAAAACAGAAAAGUUUUUUUCCGAAAAAGCAAAAAGUGCAAAUUACUAUGCGUUCAACUUUCUUGUACCACGUCAAUAUUGUAGUUUGUCGUUUUUUAAAGUCAUUUUAAACAUUUUCAAGCUCAAUGAAAACUGUUAACCUUCCUACUUUUAAGACUUCCCUUCAACUUCUAAUCGGAUGCUUUUGGCUAAAAUUCACCAACAUCUGAAAGAAAUCGACCUGGACGGACUGAUGCAGAAAGAAUGCCGUGAAAAUUACACCCUAGCAACGCAUUGGAUGCGCACUAAACAGUGAGUUAUUGAAAUCAUUCCGCAAAGAGACGCCCCUUUAGCAUUGAGCAACAGCAAAAAAAAAUGUUUUUUUUUUCAACUUUUAUGUUCAACUACACAGAAUGAAAAAUCUGUGUAUUACAUGUAGAUAGGAUGAAAAAAGUUUCCGAGGGCAAGAAAAAGUUAUUAAAAGGAAAUUUUAAGAAAGCUAUGUCUACAACGCGGUCAAAAAUUUUACUUACGAAAUCUUUUUUUGCUUAAAAAAAUUUUACAAAGAGUAUGAAUCUGGUAUGAAGUUGAUAAAAAAAGUUCAUUGACCAAUAAUCUGUAUGGUAGUUUCUAAAAAAAAAGAAAAAAAAAUGCAAAUGCGACUAGUUGUACAUGGCCGACCCUCCAGAUCUGGCGCACGAUGAAUUUUCAAGUUGCUCAAGUUGAUACUUUCGAAGUAUACUCAGAAACAGAGGUUAAACUCAGGAUGUCAUUGCGAUUUGUUUUGCUUCAAAUUUAUAUGAAAAAAUAGCCUCAUUCAUCGUGAGACUUAUUAUUUCGUGUUUUGUCGGUUCUUUUGUUGUUCGGAGAAGUGUUGAGUGCAACCAGUCUCACUCUUUCAUAUGCUAUGAAUGGAUCGGAAAAAACAACUCCUAUAAAAUCUGACUAGUUUUUUGCAGCUCAAAAAUAUCCAUUUCGGAAAGGAACUCAAAAGAAAUUGGUCCAACUUCGUUUUUUUCAAACGACCUGAUUCAACGUUGAAUUUUUUUUUUUAUAUCAAUCAGACUCAUUUUCUGGAGGUGAUUACUCUGAUUUUCAGAAAAUAUGUGCCAGAAGACGACUCCUGGGAGAAAUUCUACGCCACGAUAGGUAGCUGCGCCGUGUACACUGACGAUCAAAUCGUUCAAAAUUUACUCAACGACCUCAAUAAACUACCCAUCGCAUCGGUUCAUAUAAUGGACGGCGGAACUCAGGUAAAUCAACUUUAACUGAAUACUUGAAUGGAAAAAAAAAUUCAGGUUAAAUUCGUGUUGACUUUUGAAAACGACAAGCAAGCAGUUUUCAAGCCUAUGAGGUUAAAGAACCGCUUUGUGAUUUGAAUGAAAUGAAAUUUUGCAGAUUUGGUCGAGACUAUGAGACCGACCCGAAUCACUUCUAUUUCAGUGAUUUUGAACGACAUCAAGCGGAGAUUGCAACUUUCCAUUUGGAUCGGUUAGCGCUAAAAAAAUUUGAUUAAUUGGGACUAAAUAUUAGAUUUCGAAAAAAAUUGAUUGUUCUUAUUAUGAAGCUUCCGAUAGACUCUAAAAAUUUAUUGAAAAUCUUUGGAGAACUGUACUCUCACAAAUGAGGAACAAGUUUUUUUCAAACUUUAUCUGUUGAAAAAUUAGCAUUCAGUUGAUGUACCAAACUUUGAGUUAGAUUUUUUUAAUCGUACUUUUUAACUUCUGAGAAAACAAUCACUUUAUAGAGUUCUUGGGUUUCGAAGAGCUGUUCCAACGGUGGGCCGAGUUAUGAACAUGACGAGUGAACUCUACGAAAAGGCUGAGAAAAAGCUGAAAAAGACGUUUUUCGUAUCUCCCGGUCAGCUACAAAAUGUUCAUAACUCCAUUUAAAAUUUUAUUUCAGCAAAGAAUUUCUGCUUCGUGUCCAGGUGCGACUACUAUUGCGAUACAACCCACGCGAUUUGUGGCCUUCCUGAUUUGAAAGAAGGCAGUGUUCAAGUUUUUCUGCCUGAUGAAACUGCUGUGCCCAGGAAGCACAACCGUAGUCCUUACAGAAGGUGAUGAAGCCUGAAUUUCUGAGUAUAACUAUCUAUUUUUCAGGACUUACUCAAAGAAAAACCAAGUUGCUGAGUGGCAGUCCAACAUGGACUAUUGUACUGAGGUUAAGACGAAGAAGCCAUAUGCGCAUGGCAGAAAACUGUUGGAUCUCAUAGAUCUUCACAUUCUGGAUUAUUUAAUUGGUAGGAAAAUCAUGAAAAUGCAUGGUUUUGGUCAUAUGUAGAAUAUAUCAAAGCGUUGUUGCAAUCGAAACUUCCUGAGUCAAGAAGAAUUAAAACUUCUUAAUUUUUCCAGGCAAUCAAGACCGACAUCAUUUUGAAUCUUUCAACGUCUUCGAAACCUUGCCUUCCUAUGCAAUUCAUUUGGACAAUGGAAGAGCGUAAGCUAGUGCCUCGUUUAGAUGAAAUUCACAUCUUUUUUCUCAGUUUCGGCAAGUCCGAUUUUGACGACGACGACAUUCUGCUGCCUCUCCGGCAAUGCUGUGUGAUCAGACCGUCAACUCUUGCGAAGAUUCUUGGCUUCUACAGUCAACCAAAGUCUCUUUCUCGAGCUCUUCACAGGUGAGUAUGAGCUUCCGAUAGCUUCAUUACGCUUCUUUAUAUUUUCAGUUCAAUGUCUAAAGAUCCAGUUCAUCCCAUUCUCGCCUUCAAACACUAUCCAGCCAUCGAGCGUCGGUUAGGAAAGUGUGAGUUUCAAAUCAAAGUUCAAUUCAAACUGUUUCAUUUAAGUGGUCGCUUAUUUACUGGAGUGCUUUGAAAAAGUCCCCGCAAGCCAGAUUGUUCUGCCGGAAUUCCACAACACUAAUGUUCCUGGAGACGGUGUCGAUGAAGAAGAAAAAAGCGAGGAAGACGAGAAAAAAGACGACAAAAAGACGUAG